AAACAUGGUGCUGCCUCUAGACAGAGAGAAACCCUAGAAACCAAAAGAAAAAGAGAAGCAAUCGUGCCUCCUCCUUCUCCGACCACUCGCUUCCUCAGAUCGCGUGAACAUCACUCGAUUUCUCUCUUCUCUCCCUAUCAUCUCGCAGAUCCAAACCCCAACUCGCACCAAUCAGCGCGUGCCUCCUCCCUCCUCCCUCCUCCUUCUUCCUCUUCCUCCUCGCGACUAGAUUUCAGAUUGGUCUUUCCGAUUAUCCGCCUUGUUCUCCAAUCUCCGCACGAGUGCUUGUCAAUGGACAUAGAUCUUCGUCUACAUUCAGGUGACCAAGGCGAUGAUUCAGCCAGGGGACUUGACAACGUCCUGCACAACUCAGACAUAGACAUUGGCAAGAUCGAGGAAGAUGUCAUGGCCGCUACAACCGGAGAAUUGGUCGACUACACAGAAACCGUCAACCUCGAACCACUUAACGGCAUGGAGUUCGACUCACACGGCGAAGCGUACGCCUUCUACCAAGAGUACUCACGUGCCAUAGGGUUCAACACCGCGAUACAGAACAGUCGUAGGUCCAAGACCACGAGGGAGUUUAUUGACGCUAAGUUCGCUUGCUCUAGGUACGGUACUAAAAGAGAGUAUGAGAACAAGUCCUGUAACAGGCCGAGAGCUAGGCAGAGCAAGCAGGAUCAUCCUGAGAGUAAUAUGGCUGGUGGUUGUAGGAGGACUUGCGCGAAAACCGAUUGUAAAGCGAGUAUGCAUGUUAAGAGAAGGUCUAAUGGGAAGUGGGUGAUUCAUAGCUUCGUGAGGGAGCAUAACCACGAGCUUGUGCCUGCGCAAGCUGUGACUGAACAGGCGAGGAGGAUCUACGCUGCUAUGGCUAAGCAGUUCGCUGAGUACAAAACUGUCGUCGGGUUAAAAAGUGAUGCGAAGAGUUUAGGUCGGAGUUUGUCAGUGGUGGAGACAGGAGAUUUCAAAGCUCUGCUUGAGUUCUUGUCGCGGAUGCAGAACUUCUUUUACGCGGUGGAUCUCGGCGAUGAUCAGCGAGUGAAGAAUGUGUUUUGGGUGGAUGCGAAGAGCAGGGGCAGCUAUGUUAGUUUCUGUGAUGUUGUUUCUCUUGAUACUACCUACGUGAGAAGCAAGUACAAGACGCCGCUUGCUGUUUUCGUCGGUGUGAAUCAACACUAUCAGUACAUGGUCCUUGGGUGCGCUUUGCUAUCCGACGAGAGCGCAGCUACGUUCUCUUGGUUGAUGGAGACGUGGCUGAAAGCAAUGGGUGGACAGGCUCCAAAGGUUUUGAUCACUGAGCAAGAGGCGGUAAUGAACUCCAUCGUUCCUGUAAUCUUCCCAAACACUCGGCAUUGCGUUUUCCUCUGGCAUGUGUUGGUUAAAGUCUCUGAGAAUCUUGCCCACGUUGCUAAGCAGCAUGAAGAUUUUAUGCCAAAGUUUGAGAAGUGCAUUUAUAAAUCAUGGAAGGAGGAAGACUUUGCGAGGAGAUGGUGGAAGAUUCUUGCUAAAUUCGGCCUCAAGGAAGAUCAGUGGAUGCAGUCUUUAUACGAAGACCGGAGGAAAUGGGCGCCGACCUACAUGACUGACGUUCUCUUGGCGGGGAUGUCUUCAUCUCAGAGAGGUGACAGUGUCAACGCUUUCCUCGACAAGUACUUGCACAAGAAGACCAGCGUACAGGAGUUUGUUAAACUAUACGAUACAAUUCUGCAAGAUAGAUUUGAAGAAGAAGCCAAAGCUGAUUCCGAAACGUUGAACAAGCAGCCGACAAUGAAGUCCCCAUCGCCGUUUGAGAAGAGCGUCUCCGAAGUCUACACCCCCGCCGUGUUCAAGAAGUUCCAGGUCGAAGUCUUGGGAGCGAUUGCUUGUUCUCCAAGAGAGGAGAACAGAGAUGGAACAUGCUCUACUUUCAGAGUUCAGGACUUCGAAAACAGCCAGGAGUUUGUGGUGACGUGGAACCAAGCGAAGGCUGAAGUCUCUUGCAUCUGUAGGCUGUUUGAGUAUAAAGGCUACCUCUGCAGACACACGCUGAACGUUCUUCAGUGCUGUCAUCUCUCUUCCGUCCCCUCGCAGUACAUACUGAAACGGUGGACAAAAGACGCGAGAAGCCGGCAGAUUUCAGGAGAGGCUCCUCAGCAGUUGCAGACGAGGAUGCAGCGGUACAACGACUUAUGCCAGAGGGCGUUGAAGCUGAGUGAAGAGGCGUCAUGCUCUCAAGAGAGUUACAACGUUGCGUUCCUCGCCAUUGAAGAAGCUUUGAGAAACUGUGCCGGUGCUAAUAGAAGUCUUCCGGAUGCGGCCAGCUCACCAACUCAAGGUCUGGUUUCUGUGGAGGAGGAUAACCAGAGCAGAAGUGCAGGAGGCAAGACGAGCAAGAAAAAGAAUCCAACGAAGAAAAGAAAAGUGAGCUCAGAGCAGGAGGUUAUGCCGCAAGUUGCAGCGCCGGAAAGCUUGCAACAGAUGGAUAAGUUGAGCCCAAGGACAGUUGGCAUAGAAAGUUAUUAUGGAACACAGCAGAGCGUGCAAACUAUGGUUCAGCUGGACUUAAUGGGUGGGCCAAAUCGCGAUAACUUCUAUGGGAAUCAACAAACUAUGCAAGGAUUGCGGCAGUUGAACUCAAUAGCACCAAGUUACGACAGUUACUACACUGCUCAGCAAGGCAUCCAUGGACAGGGAGUAGAUUUCUUCCGUCCUCCAAACUUUUCUUACGAUAUCCGGGAUGAUCCUAAUGUGAGGACUACCCAGUUGCAUGAGGACGCGCCUAGACACUCGUAAACCAAACUGUAGCCUAAGGGCGGUCAAAUCUGAAAAGAGUUUAAAAUCUCUGCAGCACAGGAGCCAACAUGUACUAGAAGAAGCUUAUUUGGCAACUCAGGUUUUUGGAACAGAACAGAGCAUGCUCUGUUUUAUCACCUCAAGUGUUAAAUAUCGGAUGUUGUAUUGUUAAUAUUGUUUGUGUUUGUAUUUGACAUGAUCCCCAAGCUUGAUCAUUGACUUUUCAAAUUUAGAGAGACAAAACAGUCUUUAGAGGAUAUUUCUCUGUCUAUAUAACUCUUGUUAAUUCUUUCGAUCAAGUUUCUUAGAUUUGUAGUA